ACGACCCAUCUAAGACGAUCUGUGAUUGGUUCUUUAAUAAACAAUUGUCCAAUCAAAAUACUUCUUACAUUUUAUCAGCUGAAAUUUUUUAGGUGAUCUCAUUGGUGCUUUGUUGUCCAAUCAAAAGCUUUGGUAUAUCGAUACUGUAAGCUUAAAGACGUGUCUCAAAAUGGCGGCCGACUGAGUAAAAAGCAAAAUGAAAAUUUUCCUGAAUGAAAAAAAAAUUUUCUAAUAAUUUGAUGGUGUUGGUGAUGGGGCAGAGAGUUGAUGAUGGACUGUACUCCAAGCUGCCGCCUUCCAGACCACGCAACGAUUAUUCUAUCCGCCACUACUCGUGAGGAUUUACCAACGUUUCAGUCCAUCGUAAAGAAAGUUUGCUCAAAUCCUGCAAACUUGACUGAUCGCCUUGGUCGCCAUGCGAUCCACGUAGCUGCCUCUUGCGGCAAGACAGACAUAUUAGAAUGGUUGAUUAAGGAGUGCAAAGUAGAUAUCGAGAUGCGGGACUGGGAGUCGGGAUGGACGCCAUUGCAUAGGAGCGUGUUUUAUGGCAAGCUGAACUGUGCAGUGAGGCUGCUUCAGCAUGGUGCUGUUCUUUAUAAUAUCGACAAAGAUGACCUUACACCACUGGACUUAGUCAUGCUGGACAGCCCAUUCAAGCUAUCUAUAUCAGUUGAAGGAAAAGUAACAUCAAACUAUGAGACCAAACUGAGUGAUGAGUUAUCUCUUCAUGUUGGUGACGUCGUCACUGAUAUUCACGUGACCCGGUCUGAUUAUUGGACGGGUAACUUGAAUGGUGUCCAAGGAUUCUUUCCUAAAAGAUGUGUACAGCUUACUAAACAAGACUAUAGGACUGAUUUGUAUACCUGGGGUGCAAAUACAAAUUUUACUCUUGGGCAUCAAGACGAAAGUUUGAGGCAAAACCCUGAACUGGUUGAGACUUUGAGCAAUGACAAAUCCACCAGCAUCAAACAGGUUGUGAUGUGCAAGUUUCAUUCUGUUUUCCUGACUCAAGAUGGAAGACUGUAUACUUGUGGUCAUGGAAGAGGAGGGAGACUGGGACACGGGGAUGAACAGACACAGCUGGCUCCGAAGUUAGUAAAAAGUCUUAAAGAACACACGUGUACCUCAGCUGCUGCAGCUCAGGAUCACACAGUCGUUGUUACAGACAGUGGUUCAGUGUUUACAUUUGGAUUAAACGACAUGCAUCAACUAGGCCAUACUCCAGCUCCUUCUCAGUGUCUUGUCCCUUCAAAGAUACAAAUGAAGACUUGGAAAGGGAAGCAUAUGAUUGGUGUAGCAGCAGGGCGAUACCACACGGUAUUCUACACCCAUAAUGAAGUGUAUACUUGCGGUCUUAACAUUGGACAACUGGGUCAUCUUAAAGGAGAAAAAUUCCUCACUAGUCCAAGACAGGUAACAGCUCUUCAUCACAAGGACAUCACCAUCUCCAUGGUAACAUGCAGUGAUGCAGCAGCAGUGUGUGCGACAGGCAAAGGGGACAUAUUUGUACUCAAUCAGUAUUCCUGUCAAAAGAUUGUCAGUAGAUUCCCUGAGCUUACUAAGGUGUUGGUGGCUGGCGUAGAUGUUGAUCUGAACUCAAACUAUGAAGCUGCGAAAGUCCAAGACCAUGUUACACUCACAUUACUGAAUGCAAAAGGACUGGUUUAUCAGUGGAAAGAGAGCUAUGGAGGGAUGCGAAGGUGCAAAUGGUUGUUGAGGAAGGAACUUCUUGUCGCUGAUGUUGCAGUUGGAAAACAGCUUUACAUCAUCACAGAUCGAGGAGAGAUGUUCACUUGUACCAAUGCAGGUGGUGGUCACCCUGUGGUAAGACCUGCACGCUCUUCACCAUCUCCUUCCCCAUACAGGCCGUUUGGAGGCUGGGACCAAAAGGAAGUCAUAAACUAUAACGUCACUAGAUGCCCCAUGGUGCAUCGGGGCAUUAAAGUUUUUACUGAUGGGAAGUCCAAGGGAUUUGCUGUACUCCAAGUUGACCCGUCUACAGGGCUUGUGAAACGACCAACUAUACGUAACUCAACAAUGGUCGAUGACUUCGUUCAUUUCUUAGAUGAGACAAUGGUUGAAGAUGAUAUUCAUGAUGUGAACCUUGUAGUCAAGGGACGUGUUUUCCCCGCUCAUGCUUUCAUUCUCGCAUCAAGAAGCCCAACAUUUCGUAAACUUCUACUAGAAGAACACAAAAAAAUGUCUCAUUCAGAGAAUGUAGCCAUAAUGACUGUGAAACUAGAUAAUGUUGAGGACUGCUCUGUAGUAACCAAGUAUCUUCAGGAUUUGUAUAGUGGUCUUCAGGUGAACGAUGCCAUUCUUUUUGGCUCGAAAAUUAACAACAAACCAACGAAAAAGACUCCCAAAGCCAAGGAAGUGAAGGUCUCUAAUGGGCUGGACGAAGGGACUGAAGAUUUGAGCUUAUUAAACUUACUUGUUCAGAAUUACGAGGAAUUUACCAUGGUAGAUUUAGACGACUUCUCAGCUCUUUCAUUUUUGGAUAAAGAAAAAGAAAAUGAUGUUGUGGAAGAUGUUAGUGACCCUAUGGAAAGUGCCAAAAAGAAGCCAAAAAGUACUGCAAAAACUGAUAUGAAAACACAACCUAAUACUAAACAUAAAAGGUAUUCAACAUUGCUAAAAUGCCGUUUGCAAACUACUUCUAUCCUCCAACAUGAGCAGCAGUAAGGGGGAC